CAAAAUGUGAAGAAAGGUAGCGAAAGUUGUAGGAAUAUAUUUUCGUCAAUAAGUUUUCUUCCCGAAAAUAUAAAAUGGACGAAAAUAAAGAGAAGGAAUCGAUAGAAGACAUUGCUAGACCCAUAAAGACCGUCAAGGAUAAAUGGAAACUCCUACCUGCAUUCUUAAAGGUCAAAGGUCUGGUGAAGCAACACAUAGAUUCAUUCAACUAUUUUAUCAAUGUCGAGAUCAAGAAGAUUAUUAAAGCAAAUGAGAAAAUCACUACAGAUGCAGACUCUGUUUGGUAUUUAAAAUUCCUCAAUAUUUACGUUGGAACACCAGAUGUUGAAGAAUCAUUCAACAUUACAAAACCUAUAUCUCCUCAUGAGUGUCGCCUAAGAGAUAUGACAUACUCUGCUCCAAUAACUGUGGAUAUUGAAUACACAAGAGGACAACAGAGAGUUGUGAGAAACAGCCUACCAAUAGGCAGAAUGCCAGUAAUGCUUCGUAGUUCUAAUUGUGUAUUGACUGGCAAAAGUCCUGCUGAGCUGGCCUUACUAAAUGAAUGUCCUAUUGACCCAGGAGGAUACUUUAUUGUGAAUGGCACAGAGAAGGUUAUACUGAUCCAGGAACAACUCUCCAAGAACAGAAUGAUAGUGGAUACAGACAGGAAAGGCAAUGUUUGCUGCUCUGUUACCAGCUCAACUGCAGAAAGGAAGACAAAAACAGACAUCAUCACAAAAGGUGGAAAAUUCUACUUGAAACACAACACCCUGACAGAGGACCUUCCUGUYGUAGUUAUUUUCAAGGCCAUGGGUCUAGAAAGUGAGCAAGAGAUUGUUCAGAUGGUUGGUUGUGAGGAGGAUAUUGUGGGUAAUUUUACCCCUUCACUUGAAGAAUGCCAUAAACUACAGAUAUAUACACAACUACAGGCCUUAAAGUACAUGGGUAAGAAGGUGCGUGUGCGAGCCACCUGGGGCAAAUCAAGAAGCAAAGUGGAUGAAGCCAGGGAAUUGUUGGCUCACGUUCUCCUCGCACACAUACCUGUCCAUCAGUAUAACUACAGAACGAAGUGCGUGUACAUGGCACUGAUGAUUCGACGUGUAAUUCUAGCAUCUGCCAACGAGGCACAUGUAGACGAUAGAGAUUACUAUGGCAACAAAAGAUUAGAACUCGCCGGACAGCUUCUAUCUUUACUAUUUGAAGAUCUUUUCAAAAGGUUUUGUGGAGAGUUGAAGAAAAUUGCAGAUCAGACGAUACCCAGGCCUCGUGCAGCACAGUUUGACAUCGUGAAGCACAUGAGACAAGACCUGAUAACCAAUGGKCUGGUACAUGCAAUAUCCUCAGGUAACUGGGUAAUCAAGAGAUUCAACAUGAAUCGAGCAGGUGUGACCCAGGUUCUCUCCAGGCUUUCUUUCAUUUCUGCUCUAGGAAUGAUGACAAGAAUCACUAGUCAGUUUGAAAAGACACGUAAAGUCAGCGGUCCUCGAUCAUUGCAGCCUUCCCAGUGGGGUAUGUUGUGUCCCUCCGACACUCCUGAAGGAGAGGCAUGUGGUCUUGUCAAGAACUUGGCUCUGAUGACCCACAUAACGACCGACCAGGAUGAAGAACCAAUCAUACGACUGGCUUAUAAUCUAGGCGUAGAGAACGUAAACCUUCUGUCUGGCGAAGAAACAAGUCGUGCAUCUGUCUAUCUCGUGUUCUUGAACGGAUUGUUCCUUGGCGUGAUCAAAGACUACAAAAAGCUUGUCAGAACAUUCAAACUGAUGAGGAGAGCUGGUUAUGUGAAUGAGUUUGUGUCGAUCUGUCCCAACCAUAAGUUAAGGUCUGUGAACAUCGCAGCAGACGGUGGAAGAGUAUGUAGACCCUAUAUCAUCGUUGACAAAGGACAGCCACGCGUAACAGAUAAACACAUCAAAGAGCUAAACCAGGGGUUCAGGAGUUUUGAUGACUUUCUACAUGAGGGUCUCGUGGAGUAUCUUGACGUAAACGAAGAGAAUGACAGCGAAAUAGCAUUGAGUGAAAAACAUGUUACGAAGAGUACAACCCAUCUAGAGAUCGAGCCGUUUACAUUACUAGGUGUGUGUGCUGGUCUGAUCCCAUACCCACAUCACAAUCAGUCACCAAGAAACACAUAUCAGUGUGCUAUGGGAAAACAAGCCAUGGGUUCUAUCGGCUACAACCAGAGAAACAGGAUCGACACCCUUCUUUACUUUUUGGCAUAUCCCCAGGUUCCACUCGUUAGAACAAAGACUAUCGAUCUUAUUCACUUCGACAAGAUCCCUGCAGGUCAGAAUGCAACAGUUGCUGUCAUGAGCUACAGUGGGUAUGACAUAGAGGACGCACUAGUCUUAAACAAAGCAUCUGUGGAUCGAGGUUUCGGUAGAUGUCUGGUGUACAGAAAACAAGUCUGUACUUUGAAAAGAUAUGCAAACCAGACUUUUGAUCGAGUGAUGGGGCCUAGUAAAGACGCGCAGACAGGAGAAGUGAUUUGGAGACACAGACCACUUGAUGCUGAUGGUAUUGGCUCACCUGGUGAACGUGUCGAGAAUAAACAAAUAUUAAUCAACAAAUCAAUGCCUGUUGUCACGACAACCCCGUUACAGUCAGGUACACCAGGUCAACCACCACAGCCAGAGUACAAGGAUGUGCCGAUAAGUUACAAGGGGUCAGAAGGUGUCUACAUUGAGAGAGUACUGAUCACUUCGAACCCUGAAGAGGCGUUCCUCAUCAAGAUGUUAUUGCGGCAAACCAGGAGACCAGAACUUGGUGACAAGUUUAGCAGUAGACAUGGACAAAAGGGUGUUUGUGGACUGAUCGUGAACCAAGAGGAUAUGCCCUUUACUGAUCUGGGGAUCUGUCCUGACAUCAUAAUGAACCCUCAUGGCUUUCCAUCGCGUAUGACAGUUGGCAAGUUAAUCGAGCUGAUUGCUGGUAAAGCUGGUGUCCUUGAAGGACAUUUUGGCUAUGGAACUGCGUUUGGUGGGGAUAAAGUAGAUGACAUUUGUAAAGAGCUUAUGAACCAUGGCUUUAACUACGCAGGAAAAGACUACGUCACUUCCGGUAUCACUGGUGAACCUCUGACUGCAUAUGUGUUCUUUGGUCCAGUGUAUUAUCAGAAGCUAAAGCACAUGGUGUUGGACAAGAUGCACGCCAGGGCCAAGGGUCCACGAGCCGUCCUCACCCGCCAACCAACAGAGGGCAGAUCAAGGGACGGAGGUUUGCGACUUGGUGAGAUGGAAAGAGAUUGCCUGAUAGCAUAUGGUGCAAGCAUGUUGCUUAUUGAACGAUUAAUGAUCUCAAGCGACGCGUUUGAGGUUGAUGUAUGUGGAGAGUGUGGGCUCUUGGGCUACUCUGGAUGGUGCCAUUACUGCAAAUCCUCGCAUAACAUCGCAUCCCUCAAGAUCCCGUACGCAUGCAAGUUACUCUUCCAAGAACUCCAGUCGAUGAAUAUCGUACCACGUCUAUCUUUGAAGCAUUACACUGAUGACUAACAUACUAAUUACUGACGUCACUGAACAUACUUGUGAAUCGAAAAAAAAACCAGACAAAUGAAACCAAACACAAAUUAUAGCUGCUCUCAAAAUGUUUCUGUCGUGACAAAAUAAACCAAUCUUUAUAUUGAAACAAA